AACCUGCAGGACAAAGGAAGAAAAAAAAAAGAAUACCAGCGUGGAGCUAUAUUAUGGCCGUCCUAGACGAUCUGCCAGAGAACGAAAAACAAAAAGGUCUCCUCAACGUGGCACCUGCUGCCGGGCAGAGUCUCCAAUUCCAAUUGUUCAGCCGGCCAUCUAGAAGCGGCGGAGCCGCGGAGGACACACGGUACCUCAACAUCACGCAUUCUCCCGCCACGCGAAUGCUGCCGAUCGUUGUCAAGUCAUGUGGAGGGAGACGACGAGAAAUAUAAACGUGGCUGGUCGGCGAAACAAACACCAGGGCAUCAAUCACCGCAGCUAGCGCUCGGCUCGACCACCUCUCAAGCAGUCUGUGAGCAUGGCGUCCAACACCGCACCCACCGACGGCGGCAGCAACGAGGUGGAGCACGAUCACGGGCUCGUCCGCGUCUACAAGGACGGCCGCGUCGAGCGCCCCUUCGUGGCCCCGCCCCUCCCGGCCGGCCUCGACCCGUCCACCGGCGUCGAUUCCAAGGACGUCGACCUCGGAGACUACUCCGUCCGCCUCUACCUGCCCCCGGCCGCGACCAACGCCCCCGAGUGCAAGCAGCUCCCCGUCGUCUUUUACAUCCACGGCGGCGGCUUCGUGGCGGAAUCCGUCGGGUCGCCCCCCGGCCACCGCUUCCUCAACAGCCUCGCCGCCGCGUGCCCGGCCAUCGCCGUCUCCGUGGAGUACCGCCUCGCCCCGGAGCACCCGCUCCCGGCGGCCUACGACGACUGCCUCUCCGCGCUCCGCUGGGUGCUCUCGGCCGCCGACCCCUGGGUCGCGGCCCACGGCGACCUGGCCCGCGUCUUCCUCGCCGGGGACAGCGCCGGCGCCAAUGCCUGCCACCACCUCGCCCUCCACGCUCAGCCGGGCGUGAAGCUCAAGGGCGCGGUGCUGAUCCACCCCUGGUUCUGGGGAUCCGAGGCCGUGGGCGAGGAGUCGCGGCACCCGGUGGCGCGCGCCAUGGGCGGGCGGCUGUGGACGUUCGCGUGCCCCGGGACGAGCGGCGUGGACGACCCGCGGAUGAACCCCAUGGCGCCCGGCGCGCCGGGGCUGGAGACGCUGGCGUGCGAGAGGGUCAUGGUGUGCGUGGCGGAGGGAGACUUCCUCAGGUGGCGCGGCCGAGCCUACGCCGAGGCGGUGACCUCCGCGAGGGGUGGCGGCGAGCAGCACGGGGUUGAGCUGCUGGAGACGGAGGGGGAGGGGCACGUCUUCCACCUCUUCAAACCCGACUGCGACAAGGCCAAGGACAUGUUCCACAGGAUCGUCGCCUUCGUUAACGCCGUCUGAUGUGGCCGCUUUUAUGUUAGGACGGCAGCUUUGUGUGUUGCAAGAACUGGUCAAAUAAUUGGGCUCCGAUGAUAUCAUAAAUGGAUGAUUCGAUGGUCGUAUUAGCUGAAAGUGUUGAAACUACAGGGUUUACUUUUGUAGUAAGUACAACGUAUAUGAAUUUGAGAGUUUUGUAGCUCAAACCUCUAAAUACAGGGAAACCUAGUAAGUAAAUGUCUUUCUAAUCCGCAAGAAUUAAAGGGCACCAUGGAAGUAUAUGUACACUAGCUAAAUGUAUGUGUGUUGCUAUGAAAUUAAAAACAUAUAUUAAUUA